AUGGGAUCUGCAUCGUCCCCAGGAAAACAGUGGUUAAUGGAUUUGGAGAAUCACGGUAUUGAUGGGUCCUGUAGGUUAAAACACUUGUUGACCACAUGUUCGGACCCGAUCGCAACUAUCAAGGAAUUUCAGGAAAAAAAUAGCAUCAAGGCUGUUUCUUUACAGUUACCUACACUGAAGCCUGCAAUGAAACUGCUAGACCUGCAUAACGUGCGAAGGACGGAGUUUCAUGAAGCGGCCAUAAAUGACCUUACAGAACUUCUUUUGGGGAAGAUUCGAAGUUUGGGAGCCGAGGGAUCGAGAUAUUCGCUCCGAAAUUUGGAACAAUUGCUUGGAAAAAGUUUCAAACUAUACCGAGCUCCAAAAUUUCGUCCAAUCGUGCUGGAAACUUUGAAGCAACUGCCUAAGGUUCCGGACAGGUAUCUGAAAAUUAUAGUUGCGGACACAGAAUUUUACAACUGCUGUGCCAUAUCGGUCAGACAACAGAUUUGGUUGAAAAAUGAUGCUUUGUAUCUUGAAGCUAUUGAACCUGUCAUAAAUUCAUAUGUUGAGGAAAAGAAGAAAAUACUUUUGUCAGUGGAUCAAUCUCCAACCAAUUUUUUCACUUGUGAGACGACAAAAGCACGCCGGCAGUGGUCUCAAAUUCAAGAAUUGAUGUGUAUGGUUGGCGAACUUGAAACACUUUAUGAAAGGCUGAUCGCGUUUAUCCGGAAAAAAUUUAUGGAGAACAACGACGCUAAUUACUGUUCCUUGAGGAUGGAAUUAAUUAUGACUGCGCAUGACAGUAAUGUCGAAGCAAUAGUCAAAAGUGAUCCUUGCCACGACUUUGCCUGGUGCUUAGAUGCUUGCGUAAGAGACAAACAUCUUGACGUUCAACAGACCAACAAGUUGAAAAAUUUUCUGGAUAGUAUUCGUAAAGCAUCUCCUGAGGUAAUCGGGGACAUGGCAAUGAUAGCAGCAGAUUCCCAUGUGUUACACUUUCUUUGCUCUAUGUCUGUGAAAGUGCUGCGAGAUAAUGCAGCAAAUCCAGCCGCUGGUCAUCUUCCACGAGAACUUCCGUCUCUUCAGCUUCUGUUUAGAUUACUAAAUAUUGGUGCUAAUGCUCUUUAUAUUUUGAAAACUGAUGAUCCCAGUACUUUUCUCUUGGUUGACCCGAUGGUUUUUACCAAAUUUCUUCCUUCAAUGUCAUCAUUUAUCGUUGAAGAUAUUUUAAGAAGCGAGUUAUCUCGAGCGCCAGAUGAAGUUGUGGAUGAUAAUCCGAUCGAAGAUUUUCUUUCCGAACCGAGUGAGGCAUUACUUCGCUCUUUAAAAGAAGACGUCUCCUGCGCUCUGUUAUGGAUUCACUACGCUGUUGAAAUGUUCCCGAGUAAGCGUAAGCCGGGUGAUUCUGCAGGACUUGUCCGAUAUUUCAAAGUUUUUUCCAGCUUGAAAGAUAAGAUGGCUUAUCGCGACCCGUGGGCUCACUUAGUGACAUAUCGUUUACUUCAGUCUAUUCCUUUUGAGAACCUCCUAACAAAUGAAGAAGUAGCAUCUUGCCUUAUUAAUGAUUACCUCCUCCCAGCUUUAGAUGAUUUUGCUGGCAUUAAGUACUACCUCUUGAAAAUGGUUCAUUUGCUUGGAACAUAUAUGGAUGAAUUCAGAGUUCGUAGCAUAUUUGAAAAAAUUUCUCCUGAGAAUAUUUUUGAACCAGGCGCUGUGGAAGAUGAGUCUGAUGUACAAAGAUAUAAAACGGAGUUCAGCAGAAUACAUACAAAAAUGGCGGAAAAAAGUGUUACAUCUGACACUGUAGCUUUGACACCGCCUGCUCCUGUGACUGCAGUAAAUUCAAUUGAUGCUGCUCAUGCCUAA